UUUCUUUAUAAAACCCUUUAUACCCUCUAUUUAUUACUCCCCCUUUUAGCCCUUGUUAUUCAUCCCCACACUGUCCUUCUUUCCUGGACAAAGCUACAGUAUAACACACUUUCUCUCCAUGAGUACUCCUGCCCAUCUGAAUUUGUCACCUUCACCUUUUCCUUUGAUAGAGCUAAAAGAAGAUCAUCAACAACUUCAAUACUUGAGUACUCCACCACAUCAAGCUUCUUCAUCUUCUAUCUCAUCCCCUAUUUUCAUCAACAUAACUGAUCAAGAUCACCCUAGAGAGCCCCAAAAGAAUCAACGCGAGGCUGACAAGUACAUUUUGUACGGUGGGUCAAGCGAUCAUCAAGCAAUACCAUCGUCUUCUUCAGCUCAACCAACAAUUGUCAAUAAUAGUAACAACAACGUCAUUAGAACAUGUUCCGACUGUAACACAACCAAAACCCCUCUUUGGAGGAGUGGUCCUCAAGGUCCCAAAUCGCUAUGCAACGCAUGUGGAAUUCGACAGAGGAAAGCAAGACGGGCCAUGCUAGCAGCUGCAAAUGGGAUGGCCCUUGCUAGGGCUACAGCCGAUUCAACAAGGAUCAAAGUGCAAAACAAGGAAAAGAAAUCGCGAUGCACGAGCUACACGGGACAGUAUAAGAAAAAAGCAUUCAAGCACCAUGGAAGUCCACAAGGCAAAGAGAAGAUUUCUUUUGAGGAUUUUGCGAUGAGUUUGAGUAAGAAUUCAGCUUUUCGAAGAGCAUUUCCUAAGGAUGAAGAAGAAGCCGCGAUCCUGCUAAUGGCACUAUCUUGUGGCCUUCUUCAUAGCUAAUACUUAUCGAGUUUUGUUUUGUUUUUGGUUUUUGAAGCUUUUUUGUAUUUUUGUUUUUGUUGUUGGGGAAGUAGAGGGAGAGUUGAAGAAAUUGAUGAGAUCUUGGAGGAUGUUUGUUGCACACUAAAGAUGUGUUGAUUCAUUUUCUAGCUAAUAAUCUUGAUCAAUCAAUAAGAUUAACAAAA